AUGGAUGCUACUGGUGUUCGUAGCUACCAGGAUUGUCUCAAACAUGCCUGGCUGUUAACUGGAGAUGUAGUUGCUCGAAUUUCCACAAAUCGUCGGGAACUUGUAUUGAAGAAAAUAAACCCCCUAAUGGUGUCGUUAGCUCAAGAAGAGUUCUCUGAAACAAAUCGGAAUUUGUUUGGAUCAGGUUUUGAACAACGGCUCAAAACAAGAUCUGAGACUGCAGAGACUAUCGGCAAAGUAUCUCGAGCAAGCAACCCCUUUUUUUCGUGGGGCGGCCUCCAGGGGAUUCCACAGACCUCGUGGGGGCCGACAAGGAUUCAACUUCAAGACCUUUCGCCCAUUCAGUCCCAGAGGGACCAUGUUCAACAGGGGGAAGAGAAACCGAGGCCGGGGCUCAUCUCCAAGAUUUACAAAUCCCCAGACUUACAAGUUGUUCCACCAGUAAAGAAUUUCAGACCAGAUUGUUCACCCAAAGGUAUGUUUUCAGAACUUUUUCAGGUCAAUUUGACUCAAAAUAUACCCCAAACGGGACGCGUAAAGUUUUUCACCCCCGCAUGGGAAAUGAUCACACAGGACCCUUGGAUCCUGCAGGUCAUCCAGGGUUAGCAGAUAGAACUUGUAACUCCUCCAGUGCAACAGUCAUUACCCAAUGUACCAAAGCUUUCUUCAACACAAGAGACUGUGUUGGAGCAAGAGGUAAAAGAAUUGUUGAUGAAGCAAGCAAUUCAUCCAGUACAAUCCCCAAAGCUAGAGGCAGGAUUUAUAAGUUCUAUCUUUGUGGUGCCCAAGAAAUAUGGGGGAAAUCGUCCAGUAGUAAAUCUAAAAUCCCUGAACCAGUUUCUAGGCUACGAGCAUGUCAAGAUGGAGGGCAUCCACAUGUUAAGGGAUCUAUUAAAGAAGGAAGAUUUUCUCGUGAAAAUCGAGCACAAGGAUGCUUACCUGACAGUGCCAAUUUGGAAGAACCACCAAAAAUAUCUGCGAUUUCUUUGGAAGGACACCAUGCUGGAGUUCUCAUGCCUUCCUUUCGAUUUGGCGACCGCGCCAAGGGUUUUUACCAAGCUUAUGAACCCGGUAAUAGGGGCAUUGAAGCAAAGAGGUAUUCGCGUAAUUAUAUAUUUAGACGAUAUCCUAAUUAUGGCCGAAUCUCACAAUCUAGCAUUACAUCAUGCAGCCUCAACCCUGAAUCUCCUAGAGGGGCUAGGUUUCAUAGUAAAUUACCAGACGUCACAACUCUUGUCUUGCCAAGAGAUGGAAUUUCUGGGGUUUUUGAUUGA